AGUACUUUCUUUGUGUCGUGACAAGGCGCUGGCGUAAACAGUGACCAAUAACGUUUUCACAGUUAAGAGUUUUACUUUAGACGUUUAUUAACAACCUGGAACUCAAAAUAUGAAUAAUUUAACAGUAUAACAUAAUAUACAUACCCCAUGUAGUGAUUAAUGUAGUGAUUUCGCGUUUGAGACGGGACUUGCUUGAUAGAUGUUAUCUCGGUAACGCUAGCUAGCUAGCUGCGUAGCUAACAAUGGAUAACUGUAUGGUUUUUCACACUCAAAUAGCCUCCAUCAUGGAGGUGCUAGCGAAUGCAGCCGUGGCAGAGAUCUGUAAAGUCGUAGACGACGACUAUGCAGUGUUUCGUUUGGAAAUAACUCAAAGCCAGAAAGAGAACAGGGCAUUGCGGAGGAAACUACAGCUACUGGAAUUGAAGGUGUCACGCGAGCGCGUCCUCGCCAGUCCAAGAAGCAUCAAGAUCUUCGACCGAUACAGAGGAAUGGCAAGAGGUGAAGGAAAUCUCACUGGAGGCCACAGGAGCUUUGUUAAGCCAGCGGGACACAAUAAAUGGAGAGAUGACCAACCAAUCACUGUUGAUGAGGGGAAUGGAAUCUCAACCCAGCACAUUAUCAUGAUAGAGUCUGCAGAUGCAGAGGCUCCAGGUCCUGAAAGAUCAUCGCUGGUCAAGCAGGAGAAGUCUGAAGGAGAGGAGGACCCACAACUCAGCAGAGACAUCCAGACUGGAGCAGCGGCUGUAGUGGCACCCCCUGUAGCCACGGAGGACCUUGCCCCCCAGCCCAGGACCCGAUGCAACAUCACGGAGGUCAGUGGAACGCCGAACGCCGUCCUCAAGUCAGAGACGGACACCGAGAAUUUAACUUUAACACAAAGGCUUUUACACACAGGAUCUGACCACAGAUCAGACCCAGAGAGACUGGGGCUGGGGCCACUGGGCUGUCGUCCUGCUUCCAGCUCAGAGUCUUUACUUUACGGUAACCCAAGCCUGAGGACGGUUCAUUCCCAUCCGGACUCAGGAGACGCAUUAGAGACUGGCAAUGAUCGGUCUUAUUACACUACAGAGAUGGACCCUGGCAACAUAUCCUUGGGAUUAGAGAUACAAACUGAUCUGUCUAGAGGGGACUGGUACAGUAGUAGUGUAUACUCAGAAGGGGGCCUAGAUAAAAAAGGGGAGGGUCUGGUCGUAGAUGAAGUGACUGUGAAAGUGGAAGGCGACGUUCCUCCCACAUGGAAUGCAGAUAGUCAACUAGGAGACGGACACUCACAGGGCAGAGGUUUCUUAGAUUACAGGGAAAGCUUAGAGACAAAUCCAAAUGUCGUGACCCACUCCCCUUUACACUCGCCCAGGGAUCCCGACCCAGUGUCCACAUCAAUGGGGCCUUCCAAUUCACACGGCCGCGUCCUUUUCAAUCAGGUAUUGAACUCAAACGACAGGGCUAUAUCAGGCAAUAGUAAAGAGAAACAGUUCCUCUGCAUGUUCUGUAACAAAGGCUUCAGCUGCCCCCAGACAGUGGAGAUCCACCAGAGGGUCCACACAAGGGUGAAACCCUUCAGCUGUACCCAGUGUCACAUGCGCUUCACACAGGCUGGUGACCUGAAAAGGCACCACAGGGUCCACACAGGGGAGAAACCCUACAGCUGCCCCCAGUGUCAUAUCCGCUUCACCCAGGCUAGCAGCCUGAAGAGGCACCUGAAGGUCCACACGGGAGAAAGGCCGUUCGCCUGUACGCACUGUGGGAAGAGGUUCUCAGAGAGGAGCUACCUCAGGAUACACCAGCAGAAAAACCAUACCACUAAAUAAAAACCAUUCCUAUUCAUAGCUUAUUUAGUUUAGAUCAAACUCUAUAUUAAAGAUGAAUUGUCAGUGUUGUCAGCAGGAAAUAUCCACAGAUGAAUUUGGAAGAACGAGAGUAACAGAUUUCAUUCAGUGUUGAAUAUUCCUGGGUAGAAUAUUGCAUCCGGACAUUGUGUGAAAAAUAAGGCAUAUAUAAGCCAAAAAGGUCUGUUAUAUAUUGUGUUUGUACUGUGUAGGUUAUUUAAUGUUCACAAAUGCCUAUUUCAUUACUUCCCCCAACGCUGUUAAUUAGAAAAUGUAGGCAGUUUAUCAACUUCAUGCUGAUUUUUUGUUGAGACGUGCUUGUGUGGUUUUCAUAUGGUGUAUUUAAAACUUGUUUAUAUUUAGUAAACACAAAAUGGAACUUUU